AUGGAUACCUCAAUCUUCCGUGAUGAUUAUGAAUGUAGUCAUAGAGUACUCGCUCCACUAUCAUUUUCAAUCAUUUUAGGGCAUGGAAAGAGGAUCGUUAUGAUUUGGGCUUUGACUAAUAUUGCUUCGGGGACAUAUGAACACACAAAAGUGGUGAUUGAUCAUGGUGUUGUUCCAAUAUUUGUGAAGCUUCUUGCAUCUCCAAGUGAUGAUGUUAGAGAACAGGCUGUAUGGGAUUUAGGAAAUGUUGCUGGUGAUUCCCCUAAAUGUCGUGACCUUGUACUUGCACAAGGUGCUUUGAUUCCUCUACUAUCCCAAUUAAACGAGCAUGCUAUGUUAUCCAUGUUGCGAAAUGCCACAUGGACACUUUCAAACUUUUGCAGAGGCAAACCACAACCUUCUUUUAGUCAGACAAAACCUGCACUUCCAGCUUUACAGCAACUUAUUCAUUCAAACGAUGAAGAAGUUUUGAUAGAUGCUUGUUGGGCUCUUUCAUAUCUUUCAGAUGGCACAAAUGAUAAAAUCCAAGCUGUUAUUGAAGCAAAUGUGGAAAUGGUUGUUAAAAAGAGUAAGCUCAAGCUCAAAAAGCCACAUGAUAAUAACACCUUAGACCCUCCAACAACGAACUACAUUUUUAAAACCUUGAUUUCAGCCCUUGAAUCUCACGAGGAUUUGUUGCAUCCUCUUCCACCACCUGAGAAAAGCAAGGAUGAUAUACUUAUUUUCUUCAAGCUUUAUGAUCCCGUGAAGGAAGAACUCAAGUACUUUCAACAAGUGCAACAGUUGAUUUGUGGUCUGUUGGGGUAUUUGUGGGCAAAACAAAGGGAAGAUGAGAUACAAGGAUUGGAAUUGAGAUUAAGGUUUCAUGAGGCUACAGUAAAGAGGCUUGAGGGUGUGGACAAAGUGAGAAAAGUUGAAGGAAACCCUGAUUUUUCCAACAAGGAUGUCGGGUGA